AUGGUGAGACUUCACUUUGCUGAAAUAGGCUUGGAUACGCCUAAAAAUCCUAGGAUCAAGAGAAGUAGAGUUUUUGAUGUAGAAAUCCAGGGCAAGAAAAAAGAGAAAAAUUUCAAUAUCGAAGCUGUUGCAGGGGGUGUGAAUUUGAACGCAACCCUGGAAUAUAAUGACGUUCAUGUUCGUGACAACCGAUUGGAGAUUCACUUGUAUUGGUCCGGAAAAGGUUCACCUUUCGCACGUUACCGUGGUCCCCUAAUAUCAGCUAUUUCCAUAUCUCCCGUUCCUAAAAGGCAUCUGAAACUUUCUUCUGCAAUCAUCGUUGGAAUUGUUGUAUCUUCAAUACUUGCUGUUAUAUUAAUCUUAGCUCUCUUCUGGAAGUUCGGCUGGCUUGGUGGAAAAAAUAAUAAGAAUGUCGAACAAAAAGGUAUCGAGCUAUUCCCUGGAGGGGUUUUGAACUUCCAACAAAUAAAAGCAGGUACUAAUAGUUUUGAUCCUAAGAACAAGAUAGGCCAAGGAGGUUUCGGGGAUGUCUACAAGGGUGUGCUACGAAAUGGGACUAUAGUAGCUGUAAAAAAGCUUUCAGCAAAGUCCAAACAAGGAGCCAAGGAAUUUAUAAAUGAAAUUGGUACUAGUUAUGCUUUGCAACACCCAAAUCUCAUAAGGCUAUUGGGAUGUUGUGCUGAACAAAGCGAACUUCUAAUUGUCUAUGAGUACAUGGAAAAUAAUUCUCUUGAGCAGGCAUUAUUUGGUAAACAAGACAUUUUCUUUGUACAUGCAACACGUUUAAAAUCUCUGUAAAAUUGCAGCAUAUGAAGUCUCUUAACUCGCUGGCAUCUG